AUGGGCGCGUAUAGGCGCAGUGCGUGGCAUAAAAGUUGGCACCACCGUUCGACCAUGUACUGGGCCGCUUCGUGGACGUUCUGGGCCAAGCUGAUGCUGAUUCACGUCAGCUACAUAUCGAUCGGUGCGGUACGGAACGGGGACUGGGCAGUGAUAAGCAGCAAUGAGUGGCGUCCACCGGAACCGAACCCAUGGUCACCGCUGGCCGGAACCGCUGACAACCCGGUGACAUUGUUGACAAGUUCGCUAGAUCAUGCCGCUCGGGGCAGUGGCUCAUCCGCCCAGCUAAGGUUAGACGGUUCGCGGGUCGAUACGGGCACGAGCGUGACAAACUUCUACCAGCCCGAGCACGGUGGCCCGUUGCAACGCACCACGGUGGAAAAACAUUUCCGGUUCCGGCGUGAUUUGAGCGAAGCGCAAAGUACGUCACUGCACCAUACAUUACGGUCGGUGCGAGCGUGGGCAGACCCAUUGUCUGCCGGCACCAUUUGCCAAGAUCCUGGAUCGAUGGACGGAAAUUGCACCACAAGCCGGGAGCGGUCACCAACGCUAAUGACCGGUGCAAGCAACACCACCACCACCGCCAGCACCGGGGACGAGCUGCUGGUGCCGUUACCACCGUACCGUAACGUCACCGCGAACGAGUCCGCGUUCGGGAUGGGGAAGGAGCUGGAAUUAGGCACACUCCAGUCACCGCUCGAGGGUAAUCACACCGCCCACAGCAACGCGGCCGUGAAUCUGAACGACCACAAUGACGCGCUGUGCGACGACGAUGCCGAUCAGAUGGAGUACAACGAAAACUGCUUCAUCGAUCACAACGUUACAUGCGUCGGGGAUCCGGACUUCUGCAAUCUCACGUACGGCGAGUACCGACAGCUGCUGAUGGAUUACAUCUACCCUUCGACGGGCGAAUGGAUUCUCAUCGCCUCGCACACCGUUGUCUUUCUCAUGGGAUUGGUCGGCAAUGCGCUGGUAUGCAUCGCGGUCUACACCAACCAUACGAUGCGCACCGUGACAAACAUCUUCAUCGUCAACCUGGCCGUGGCCGACUUCUUCGUCAUACUGUUCUGUCUGCCACCGACCGUCGUGUGGGACGUGACGGAAACGUGGUUCAUGGGGAAGGCGAUGUGCAAGGUGGUAAUCUACUUUCAGACCGUUUCGGUGACAGUUUCGGUGCUAACGCUGACAUUCAUCUCGAUCGAUCGAUGGUAUGCGAUAUGCUUCCCUCUGCGCUACAAACCGAGACCCGAACGUGCCUGGCGCUCGAUUGCCGUCAUUUGGCUCAUUGGCUUCCUGUCGGACCUGCCCGAGUUCCUGGUGCUGACAACGAGACGCAAAAAGUUGCGCUUCGACAUCAAACUUUUCACCCAAUGUGUCGCAACGUGGGACAACGAGACGGAAAAAACUUUCUACAUCGUCAAGUUUGUGCUGCUCUACACCGUCCCGCUGCUAUUCAUGACCGGAGCCUAUUUCCAAAUCGUGCGCGUACUGUGGCGCUCGGACACCAUACCCGGCCACCGGGAAUCCCGCAAUCAGCCGUGUGGCAUGCACAGCACCAGGACGACACUCAACUGCGUGGGUAACACUAGCACCAUGGGACAGCUGCGAGCACGCCGGAAAGCAGCGAAAAUGUUGGUAGCAGUGGUGAUCAUGUUCGCCGGUUGCUAUUUUCCCGUGCACAUGCUAAACGUCGCAAGGUAUACUAUCGAUAUUGGACAGAGUGAUAUCGUGGCUGUGCUAUCAUUAUUUUCUCACUGGCUCUGCUACGCAAACAGUGCCGUUAACCCUGUGAUCUACAACUUCAUGAGCGGCAAAUUCCGACGCGAGUUUAAAAAUGCACUGGAAAAGUGUCGCUGUCUGAGAAGCUCGCACGCGUACGGUGGCCGCGUCGGUGGUUACGAUGAUCGUUCGCUCUGCCAUACGGCCACGCGCUUGAACGUGAGCCCCAGCACUAGAAGCAAUUACCAUUUGGCCAGUGUAAGAGUUGCCAGAUUUAAGCAACACACCCAGCAGACGUCAUUCAAUGGCAGCCGCCAUCAGCAUGGUCGCAACAGCAUCAAUCAUCCGGGCAGUUUGCAGCCACAGAUCUCACCGAUCUCCGUCGAGGAACGGUUGGCGCUCACCAAAAGCCUGGACGGUGAAACGCUACAGCUGACGAGCCGGAACAAUUCGUCCACGCUGGGCGGCAAUAAUGGCAACGGUUUGGGGCAUGGAAAACCCGCCAGCAAUGGUAGCGGUGCCGGCAAUGGCACCCAGUCCAUGCACCACCACCAUCAUCAUCAUCGGUCUCAUCAACAGCAGCAGCAGCAACAUCACCACAAACAGCACGGCGAACAAAUGCGACCAGAUGGUGACGUUCUGGUCGAUGAAGAUGGUGCCGGUACGCAGGAACAAUCUGUCACCGGGCCAACGACCAUGCUAAUGAUAGUGAAUAAGUCGAGCAAUUGUAAAAUCGGUGGCACUUGA